AUGGGGAAUCAAACAAGGGUCUUGGAUUUUCUCCUUUUGGGUCUAUCUGACCAAUCAGAACAGCAACAAUUCCUCUUCAGACUAUUUCUGGUAAUGUACUGCAUUGGGACACUGGGAAACCUGCUCACCAUCCUGGCAAUUUGUUUUGAUUCCCACCUCCAUACCCCUAUGUACUUCUUUCUUUCCAACCUAUCUUUCCUUGAUCUCUGUUUUACCUCCACCACAGUUCCUAAGAUGCUGGUGAAUUACCUCUUAGGGAGCCAUACCAUCUCCUAUCCAGAAUGCCUGACUCAAAUGUAUUUCUUUGUGGCCUUUGGUUGUUCAGACAGUAUCCUCCUCUCUGCCAUGGCCUAUGACCGCUAUCUGGCUGUUUGUCACCCUUUACACUAUGGCACAGUUAUGACCUCACGCCUUUGUGCCCUGUUGGUGGCUCUGCCUUGGGUUUUUGGUCACCUCAUUUCAAUGGUACAUACUAUAUCAAUGGCUCAGCUAUCCUUCUGUACUAAUAAUAAAAUUCCUCACUUCUUUUGUGACAUAAGUGCCUUGAUAAAACUUUCAUGUUCUGAUGCCCACGUCAAUGAAAUAUUGGUUCUUCUAUUGGGGGGACCAGUAAUUUUCAUUUCCUUUAUAUGCAUUGUGGUCUCUUAUACUCCUAUAGUCUCUGCUGUGUGGAAGGUCCCAUCAGCUCAUGGGAAAUGGAAGGCCUUCUCUACUUGUGGCUCCCACCUAUCUGUAGUCACUCUUUUUUAUGGUACCAUCAUUGGUGUGUAUUUCAACCCCACAUCCACUCACACAGACCAGAAAGACAUGAUAGCGACUGUGAUGUAUACAGUGGUUAGCCCUACCCUGAACCCUUUCAUCUAUAGCCUUAGGAACAAUGACUUAAAAGGAGCCCUGGGGAAACUUCUUGGCUUGAAACAUUUUUUGAAGAGAUGA